UGGCUGCAGUUCUUCGAGCAAAUCAGGAGUGCGGGCUGUAAGCCAGCGGUCCCCAUCACUACAGCAGCAGCAGCAGCAGCGCUUCUUGCCGUCCGUCAGUGUGUAUGUGAGCCGCCGCCAGUGGACCGAGCGGGUCACUUCUGACAAGUGAGAUGGUGAGAGGGGGGAGGGAAUGAGGCCAUGGGCUGCACCUCGGCUAAGCAGGUGUCGGCUGUGCCCAAUGACGAAGAGGGCCGGGGCAAAGCCUACAGCAACGGAGACCUCUUCACUGAUGAAUAUAAGAUGAAGGGAGUGGAGGAGGUGAAAUACAUGCAUGGAGAAGAAGACAGAGUAAAUGCACGCAACCAGGAGAACCUGGCAGAGGAGCUGGUUCUGGCCCAAGUUUUAGAAGCCGACAGGGCCUCUGCACCGGAGGGCCACCAGGAGAAGAGCUCGACGCAGCACAGGACCAAACAGCACAAAGAGGUGCCUGGGCCCAGCGCCAACAAGACGAACAUACAUACGUCAGAGAGUCAGCAGGAGUUCUUCAGAAUGCUGGAUGAGAAGAUUGAGAAGGGGCGGGACUACAGCUCGGAGGAGGAGGAUGAUGUGACAUAGCAGAGAGGCGCCAGAUCUUGCCAGAGAUGGAAAUAGAGAGAAUGUGAACUCAAAAAUCAGUGUUUCCUAUGUCAGUAACACUCUGUCAGUCUGAGAGCGAGUGUGCGUGCGAGUGCGUGAGAGCGUGUGCUUGUGAGAGCGAGAGAAUGCAGGACUUUUCCUCAUAGGCUGUUGCACCCUUGACCCCUUCUCCUCUCUUGGGGUUGCCUUGUUUGGAGAUCUAGAUGGUUUGGGGUGAGGAAAGAACAGCUUGAUUGAUGUAUUAUCAACACAGACUCACUCUGACGUGAAAUGAGGACCCCCGUCCCCCUCCGCUCCUGUCCUCCUACGGCCAGCAUUGAAACGGCCCCCUUCGUCCUCCUGGCUGUGACAGAGCCAUCUGAGAUUAUGUUGAGGAAAGGCAAGAUGAAAGGAUAUGGAGAGAAGAAAGACGACAUAACCCCUCCCAGUCCUCGUUUUAAGUGGCAGGCCAGAGAAAAAAACUGACAUAUGGAGGAACCAGAAGAGAGCUUACAAACAUCCUCUGGAGAUAACGGGGAGUGAAUGUAAAGAUGGAGUGUUGUGGGUUUUUGGGGGGAAAAAAUGAUUGAACAUGAGAGAUAUUUUAUUAAGAGCAACUAUAUGAACGAACUGGCAGAUUAUUUGAUAUUUUGAUAAGAGCGUCGUGGCAAGUCUGGACUCCUGCCUUUUGAAGGACUUUUUUAAAUUUGUCGAGACUGAUU